CGCUCCAUGCGGCCACGACAGUAAACCAAGGGCAGAUCACUCAGAAUUGCCGACGCUACACCUCUGGAAAAAAUGGCGAAGGUGACGCCAAUACUAUAUUUAUUUGCUGUCGCUGUUGUGGGACAAGCCCUCACCCCCUCAACAUUCCUCACAACGAUAGACCAAGACAGACUGAAGAAAGUCUUCAAGUCAUCCACACCAUACACCGAUCUCCCAACAGUCCACUACUCAAUUUUGGGACUGAAAUUACUGGGUGAUACCAGUAUUAAUAAUCAGGAAAUAUGCAGCACCAUUACAAAACUGGUCGAUAACAAGAGUGUUGCAUCUCUGUACCACGCAUCAGCUGCAGCAAAAGGUGUGGGCAACUGCAAGUUUCCUGUUGGCGAUGCCCAGAAAGUGCUGAGUGAUGCCAUCAAGGACUCAGUUCCUGUAGCUGAUAUUUUCUAUGCAUUCUCUGCCUUGAAAAAUUUAGGCUUGCAAGUUGAUAAUGCAAAAGUCACAUCAGCUUUAACAGAGGCACUCAAGAAGGAUGAUUCACCUCAAAGUGCUGGGUAUGGUUUCUUUGUUGCCUCACAACUGACUGGAGAUACAAAGAAGAUCUUUGACAGCAUUGAGGACGUAGUAGCCCAAGCUGAUGAAGUCGAUGAUAAGUAUUUACAAUUUGAAGGUGGGCUUUACACCACAGCGUUAGUUGUAGAUGGGGCUUACAAGCUGGCAGCUAAAGAGAAGAAAGCUCCCACUAUGUCUGAUGACAAGGUGGUCAAGUUUGCUAACUACUUUUUGAGUAGGAAACAUGUCCAUCAGCUGAGAGCAGCUUACCAACUGGUGUCUGUCAUCAAGACUCUCACAGACAAUCAGUUCCACAUUCCUGUUGCCAUCACACUGGCAAGCCCAGUAGCAGUGACUUCUUCAUCCCCAAAUGUAAAGGUACAAGUGACUAACCUUUUGGGAGGAAGCAUCGAUUCUCUAACUGUGACAGCAGACAGUGCCAAACACAUCAGCAGUGAGGCCAUUGUGUUGAGCAAAAAACCAUUCACAGCUAAGGACAGCUCAACAUAUGAACUGAACUUUAUGCAAGCUAAACCAGUGCGUGGCUUUUACAAGAUUAUUAUAAGUGCAAAACCCAGCAAGGAAGACAAGAAGUUGCUUGGCCUAACAGGGGCAGAGGUUGAAGUGAAAGUGACUACGCAAGUGUCCAUUGAGAAUGUGGAGAUAGGAGUAGCAGAUAAAGACCAAACUACAGCAGCAAGAACUACAAAAGUUCAAUAUCCAGGCAAGGCUUCAACUGUGUUUGAAGCUGACUACCAUCAGAAGAUCAUUGUAAAAUUCCAACUCAAGGACAAAGCUGAUGGAACCAAGAUGUCUGCCCAUCAAACAUUCCUUAAACUUACAAACCAAAAAACAAACCAAGAGAUAAUAUUUGUAGCAGAUGCUGCCAGCAACAAGUUUGAUUUGGACAUUGGCAGUAGUGCAGGUCAAUUUGGACAUCUCUCUGGAAAAUACAGCAUGGAACUGAUCAUUGGAGAUGCAGUUAUUGAGAAUCCAUUUUCUUGGGCUCUUGGUGAAGUUAGCCUUAACUUCCCUGAAGGUCAGACUCCUAAAGACAAGGGAUUGGAUCGCUAUGCCAAGAAACCAGAAAUCAAACACCUGUUCCGUGAGCCCGAGAAGCGCCCUGCUGCUGUGGUGUCCACCGUCUUUACCUUCCUUGUCCUGUCCCCUGUUCUUAUCCUGGUCCUCUUGUGGAUGAAGAUCGGUGUCAAUGUCUCCAAUUUCCCAAUGUCCCUCAGUGGUGUAGGAUUCCAUCUCUGUCUCGCAGCCAUCUUUGGACUGUACUACUUAUACUGGGUUGAGCUGAACAUGUUCCAAACAGUCAGAUAUCUGGGCUUGCUGGCACUGCCCACUUUCAUAUUUGGAAAUAGAUUAUUAAGUGGAAUAGCUUCCAAAAGAAAAGGCGAGAAGAAAGUGUGAAGAAGAAAUGAACUAUUAGGAAUUAAUAUAAUUUUUACAUGAAGAAAUAAAUAUAUUUUAUGUUAUGUAUGUGUAUGUUACUUAUUCUGUAAAUUUUUUUAAAUUGUUUUUUUUCUUGUUUAAAAGUAGGUUUGUUUGAAACUUAGAAACUUUGUUGAUAACUGAAAGGGGAAUAACUGAUUUGUACAUUCAUAAAUCAAAUCUGACAAAACUUAAUAAUUCAUAACUUAUAUACAGCGAAUGUGUCCUCUCUUGUUCCUGAUGGAGUCCAAGAUGUAAGAGAGAUGCAAUCCUUCAUUUCAAACUGUACAACUAUUCAUUUCUUUCAUGGAAAUAAAUUUUGUAUAAAACUA